AUGCUGCAUCGAUCCCAUCUUCUUCCCACAAAUGAUUCCCUUCUUUUGCCGCCUCCAUGUUAUUAUGAGAAGACCUGUCAACCAAUAAAUAUCCCUAGACAGGUUCCAUUUGACUGGGCUCUUCCCCUCUAUGGAUAUGUAAUGCCAUUGGUGGUGGUCUUAACAAUGAUCACCAAUUCAUUCAUUGUCGUCGUUCUCUCGCACAAAUAUCUCCGAACACCAACAAAUUUUGUCCUCUUGGCGAUGGCCGUAUCAGAACUUCUCACAGGACUUUCGUGUAUUCCUUGGUUUCUCUACUACUACACAUUUGGAGGCUACACAACAGAUGAGAAGUUUGGUCUACCAGCGGGAUGGUGUGUGAUGAUACCAUUUUUGGCCUCAUUUCUUCCAUCAGUCUUUCACGCAACAGCCAUUUGGUUGACUGUCUAUCUGGCCAUACAACGAUAUGUUUACAUCUGUAUUCCGACACUUGUCAGAAGAUUUUGUACAAUCAAGUACAGCAAAAAGGUACUGGUUUUCAUUUGGGUUUUCUCAACGGUGAUUUAUGCUCCUGAUGCUUUUGCCAACUACCAUCAAUCAAAACUCGUUUAUAGUCCAAAAGCAAACAGAACAUUUCGCUUGUGUUACCGAACAAAUUCCGGUCUCUUGUUAUGGAUUGGACAUAAUUUGUAUUACAAAGUAUUUUACUCAUUUCAAACGAUUUUUGUCCACACGGGUCCCUGUAUUCUUUUGGUGAUUUUCACUUGGAAAUUGGUAGCCACAAUUCGAGUAGCCGACAAGAGACACGCUUUUCUCAUGAAAAAAGCUUCCAACCCGAAAAAGGAGGGAAUGAGAAAUGAUGAGGUGUCCGAUUGUGGAAGUAUGACACUUUCUGUUGGCAAUAAUUCAUCAACGAAUGGUCCAAGAAGAUCGACGUUGGCCACGGAUAGUCUUGUGAGGAAAAUGUCGAAGCUAUACAAGAAAAAUAAUGAACCAAAACGGGUACAAGGACUGAAACAAAAUACUCGAAUGUUGUUGGUGGUGAUCUUUUUAUUCCUCAUCACUGAGAUCCCAGCCGCAAUGAUUUUCACCGUUCAUGUUCUCUCCGUUUCUUUCAAUUUCAGCAAAACAAAUUACCAAAUGCUCAACACAUCACUCAUUGUCAGAAAUGUCCUCAUUGUAAUCUCAUACCCAUUUCGAUUUGCGAUUUAUUGUGGAAUGUCUCAACAAUUUCGAGAGGUUGUCAAUCAAAUGUGUAUAACUCGAUUUUUCAAAAAUCUUUUCUCAAUAUUCUGCAAAAAGAGAAAAAGAGACGAUAGCUCACUUCAAUUGGAGACAAGUUAUCUCAACGAUACGAGACGGUCGCCUUCUUGUUCCAGUUUCAACGGCUUGCUCUAUUCGUCAACUGUUCUUCAAUGUGAUAACCCGAAUACGUGCACGAUAAUUGGCGGCACAAAGGAUACGGGUAUUCAAUGCGAUUUUGAUAGCACUAUUACGUUUGAUCCACUAUUUGAUGAUAUGCAGCUUUUGGCCGAUUCUGAUCCUGAAGAUAAUUCUCCAACUCACGAGCCUCAGCGGAGUUCUCGAGGCACACAAUGUUCCGCGAAAAUCGACAAAGAAAUGUUUGUGAGACGAAAAAGUUCUCUUGUGGCUCAUGCUUUAUUGGAUGUGACCACAGGAUGUCAUGUACCUGUUGUGAUCUCCAUAUCAACU